AUGAAGACCUCUGCCGUUGCGACGGCUUUGGCCCUCGGAGCCUCCUCCGUCCUGGCCGUCCCCUCCACUCCCCUCCAGGCUCGUGACGACGUGACCCCCAUCACUGUCAAGGGUAAUGCCUUCUUCAAGGGUGAUGAUCGUUUCUACAUCCGUGGUGUCGACUACCAGCCCGGUGGCUCGUCGGACCUGGCGGACCCCAUCGCCGAUACCGAUGGCUGCAAGCGCGACAUCGUGAAGUUCAAGGACCUCGGCCUGAACACCAUUCGUGUUUACUCCGUCGACAACUCGGCCGACCACGACGAGUGCAUGGAAGCCCUGGCAGAUGCUGGCAUCUACCUGGUGCUCGACGUCAACACCCCCAAGUACUCCAUCAACCGCAAGAAGCCCAAGGAGUCCUACAACGACGUCUACCUGCAGUACAUCUUCGCCACCGUCGAGAAGUUCGCCAAGUACAAGAACACCCUGGCCUUCUUCUCCGGUAACGAGGUCAUCAACGACGGUCCCUCGUCGUCUGCCGCCCCCUACGUCAAGGCCGUCACCCGUGAUCUGCGCCAGUACCUCCGCGAGCGUAACCUCCGCUCCAUCCCCGUCGGCUACUCCGCCGCCGAUAUCAACACCAACCGUCUGCAGAUGGCCCAGUACAUGAACUGCGGUACCGAGGACGAGCGCAGCGACUUCUUCGCCUUCAACGACUACUCCUGGUGCGACCCCUCGUCCUUCACCAAGUCCGGCUGGGACCAGAAGGUCGAGAACUUCACCGGCUACGGCCUGCCCCUCUUCCUGUCCGAGUACGGCUGCAACACCAACAAGCGCGACUUCGGCGAGGUCGAGGCCCUCUACUCCGAGAAGAUGACCGGCGUCUACUCCGGCGGUCUGGUCUACGAGUACUCCCAGGAAGACAGCAACUACGGCCUCGUCAAGAUCGGCGACAAGGUCAAGGACCUGUCCGACUUCGACGCCCUCAAGAAGGCCCUCGAGAAGUCUGAUAUCAAGGGCGACGGCGGCUUCAACAAGACCGGUGGCUCCAACCCAUGCCCCGCCAAGGACGGCCCCAACUGGGACGUCGGCGACGACAAGCUCCCCGCCAUCCCCGAGCCCGCCAAGAAGUACAUGAAGGACGGCGCCGGCAAGGGCGACGGCUUCAAGGGCGACGGAAGCCAGGACGCGGGUACCCCCUCGAAGGGCGAUGCCGAGCCCGGCUCCGGCUCCAGCUCCGGCUCCGGCGCCUCCGGCAGCGCCUCCCCCGGUGCUGCCGCUGGUCUGAAGGUGCCCAGCCUGACUGUGGCUCCUUUCUUCGUGGGCGCGGUUACCCUGGUGUCGACCCUUGUCGGUGCCGGUCUUGUCCUGCUUUAA